AGCAGUGCGCAUGCGGACACGCCCUUUUCCUCUCAGCCUGUCCUCGCGCUAACCUGUACUCGAGACAGGAAGUGAAGAGCUUUGUUCUUUUGUAAACAGCACGGCUUUGGGAAACUUAACUCGCGCUAAGAAACAAGUAUGCACGAACAGGCGGAAAAUCAUAACGUUCGUCGAAAGGAUGACGAUUAAUUCAUCUGACUGCUGACGAGGCUGAGAAAAGCGCGAACUUUCGGCGAGCGCGACUUAGUAGCUCAAGUCGACAGAAGGCGUCUCGCGCUGCUGCGUUAGCUGUGUGUGUGUUAGCGAGUGCGCGCGCGCGCGCGUGACAGACAGCAGUAACUAAUGCUAGCUAAGUUGAGUGAUUAAACUCGCUAAGUCACAUAACGCGGUUAAGGCGACGCUUAAAUGUUACCGUUAUAACUUGACGUGACUGAUAACGGGGAGCUCGAGUUUUGAAUAAGAGAGAAGUUUUCGCUUGUUUUUGGCGUUUGGUUUUCAAAUUUCCCUCCGUUUUGUUGAGUCUUUGGGAGUUUAAGCUAAUAGGCGGCUGGCUAACAGGCCGCAGGGACUCAACAUAGCAACCGUAAUCUCUGGAGUUUGGUGUCGUUUAACUGGUUUGUAAUUCCGUGAACUUUCCGGAGCCUUGGAUAUAUAAUUUGUGUUGAUUUGAGUCAAUCAUGGAUCCUCCUAUCUCUGGGAAUUCAGCAUCUGCUGCCGGUGCUUCUUCAAAAAAAGACAAAAAACCGAAGAAGAGCUACGAUGAAGGAGAUGGGAAGAAGAAAUUUACCUUCAAAAGACUCAUUCCCGAUGAGCUGGAGCGGUUCACAAGCAUGCGAAUAAAAAAGGAGAAGGAGAAGUCAGGCUCGACAAGUCAGAGACAUUCCUCUGCUGUGCUUUAUGAGAUCCCAUCCCAGGCUGCCAUGCUGCAGGACCACAGUGAUGACUACAUACUGGAGCUCUUUGAGCAGAUGCUGGUGGACAUGAAUCUGAAUGAGGAGAAGCAGGUGCCGCUGAGACAGAAGGACAUCGCCAUAAAGAGAGAGAUGGUCUCUCAGUACCUACACACAUCUACAGCUGGCCAGAGCCAGAAAGAGAGUUCCAAGUCUGCUGUGAUGUACAUCCAGGAGUUGAGAACUGAACCUAGAGACACACAGCUGCUGAGCUGCCUCGAGUCUCUACGCAUCUCCCUUAAUAACAACCCUGUCAGCUGGGUGCAGACGUUUGGACAGGAGGGCUUGAUUUUGCUGCUCACCUUCCUCAAGAAACUUCAGGAUGAGAAAGAGGAGUACCCGAACUCUGGUGUUGGAGUAAAGUGCCAACACGAGAUCAUCCGCUGUCUCAAAGCCUUUAUGAACAACAAGUACGGUUUGAAAGCCAUGUUGGCAUCAGCUGAUGGGAUUCCUCUCCUGGUCCGAGCCAUAAAUCCCAGCAUCCCUCAUAUGAUGGUGGAUGCUGUCAAACUGCUGUCAGCUAUCUGCAUUCUUGAUCACCCUGAAAACCUUCAUGAACGUGUACUGGAGUCUAUAACUGCACUGGCUGAGGAGAGGGACAUAGAGAGAUUCCAGCCAUUACUGUCUGGCCUGCACAAGCCCAAUAUUGCUCUCAAGGGAGGCUGUAUGCAGCUCAUCAAUGCUGUGAUCAGCAGAGGAGAGGAGCUCGACUUUAGAAUUCACAUACGCUCUGAGCUGAUGAGACUGGGCAUGAGGGAGCUGCUCGCUGAGGUGAGGAACAUAGAAAAUGAAGAGCUCCGUGUGCAGCUGCAGGUCUUUGAUGAGCAGGCUGAGGAAGACUCCGAAGACCUGCGUUCUCGCCUCGAAGAUGUGCGCAUUGAGAUGGAUGACAUAUCAGAGGUGUUCCAGGUGUUACUGAACACCGUGAAGGAUUCAAAAGCCGAAGGCUACUUCCUGUCCCUCAUGCAGCACCUGCUGCUGGUGCGCAAUGACUACUUGAUUAGGCCACAGUACUACAGAUUGAUAGACGAGUGUAUAGGGCAGAUCGUGCUCCACAGGAACGGCUGCGAUCCAGAUUUCAAAUGCAGAAACCUACAACUGGACAUCGAAGCACUCAUCGAUAACAUGGUGGAUAAGACAAAAGUAGAGAUCAGCGAGGCCAAGGCCACAGAGCUGGAGAAAAAGCUGGAUGCAGAGUUGACCGCACGCCAUGAGCUGCAGGUGGAGUUUAAGAAGAUGGAGGGCAAUUAUGAGCAGAAAGUGCAAGAGCUCAGUGCUGAAAAAGAAGCCAUUGGAAAUGAAAAAGUGGGCAAAGAGAAAGAGAACCAAGAGCUGUCUGGAGAAAUCAGCCAACUCAAAGAAAAGGUUGAGAAAAUGGCUAAGGAACUUGAUGACGCCAAGAGGAAAAUCAGUGCCCAGCGUGACCUUUCAGCACCAGCCUCAUUGCCCCACAAAACUCCACCUCUGCCUGGCCAAUCAGGCAUGCCUCCUCCACCACCUCCACCCCCACCUCUGCCUGGCCAAUCAGGCAUGCCCCCUCCACCACCACCACCCCCACCUCUGCCUGGCCAUGCAGGCAUGCCCCCUCCACCACCACCACCCAUGCCAGCCAUGAUGGGACCGCCACCACCUCCACCUCUACCUGGGCAGGGAGCUGGGAUGCCCCCUCCACCACCUCCAUUACCCGGUGCUCCCGGUAUGCCUCCACCUCCGCCUCCACCCCCAGGGCUUCCAGGAAUGCCACCCCCUCCUCCAAUGCCUGGAAUGCCUCCUCCACCUCCAGGAGGGUUUGGAACCUGGGCUGCUCCAGUACCACAAUUACCAUUUGGCCUGAAGCCCAAGAAAGAGUACAAACCAGAGGUGCAGCUUAAGAGGGCCAACUGGAGUAAGAUUGCAGCUGAGGAUCUUUCAGAGAGCAGCUUCUGGGUGAAAACGAAAGAGGACCGCUUUGAGAGUAAUGAGCUCUUCUCCAGACUCACUCUGGCGUUCUCCUCCCAGACCAAGAGUGAGUUUUGUAAAUUCACUGUGUUACUAUGUUCAUGA